AUGGAGGUGCCACCGUCUGUGGAGAUCACCGACGGGCAGCGCCUUGAGACUGAGCAGCUGCAGGACGAGAGCAGUAUGGAUGGAGUACAGCAGAGUGGGGGGCAGGAGACAGGGGAGCAGCAGACAGGGGAGCAGCAGAUUGGGGAGCAGCAGACAGGGGAGCAGCAGAUUGGGGAGCAGCAAACAGGGGAGCCGCAGACAGGGGAGCAGGAGAUAUGGGGAAUUAGAGAUGGUGGUCGUGUGUUGGUUUCUGGGACAACCACUGCACCACUGCGUCGUUCCACUCGCAUCACUCGUGGUGUCCCGCCUGUUCGAUACGCUUGGGCUGUAGUGGUUGAGCUAGUGGGCUUGGAUGACGAGGAGGAGGACGAGGAGUGGACUAACCUGGACCCGGACGUGGCAGCUGAUCCUGAGAGGCACUCCCCAUUUCCCCUUCCCGCCGCCUCAUUUCCCCUUCCCGCCUCCCCAUUACUCAUUCCCACCUCCCUGCUUCCCCUUCCCGCUCCCCAUUACCCCUUCCCGCCUCCCCGUUUCCCCAUCCCGCUCCCCAUCUCCCCUUCCCACCUCCCCAUCACUCAUUUCUUUGAACCAUAUUCGUCCUUCCACCUCCUAUGCAUCUCCUUUCCCUACCUAUGCAUCAGCUAUCCCUACCUAUUCAUCUCUCUUCCUUGCCUUCGCAUCACCUCUCAUCCCAUCCCCUUCAAACCCCUCUCAUCCCAUCCCCUUCAAACCCCUCUCAUCCCAUCCCCUUCCAGCCCUUCUCAUCCCAUCCCCUUCAAACCCCUCUCAUCCCAUCCCCUUCCAGACUUUCUCAUCCCAUCCCCUUCAAACCCCUCUCAUCCCAUCCCCUUCAAACCCCUCUCAUCCCAUCCCCUUCAAACCCCUCUCAUCCCAUCCCCUUCCAGCCCUUCUCAUCCCAUCCCCUUCAAACCCCUCUCAUCCCAUCCCCUUCCAGCCCUUCUCAUCCCAUCCCCUUCAAAACCUCUCAUCCCAUCCCCUUCCAGCCCUUCUCAUCCCAUCCCCUUCAAACCCCUCUCAUCCCAUCCCCUUCAAACCCCUCUCAUCCCAUCCCCUUCCAGCCCCUUCGAUCCUCUUUCAGUCCCUCCCACCCCGGCAAUAAAAUAUCUAGAGGGUGUGUUGAAUCGUAUGCAUUCCCCCUAA